AUGUCGAGCAGCACUAUCAACAGUAGUCAUAGUGGAAGCAGCAAUAUCCCCCCAACACCACCUCCUCGACCCUCUGCUCCCAAAGCUGCCAGCUCUCCUCCUGUGCCAGCGCCAGCUUUACCAGCCAGAAAUAAAUCCGUUGAUCAAUUACUGCCUAGUACUAGUAAACCAACGCCUACAAAGUCCACUACCAGCACCAGCAUCAAUCCAGACAUUGAGGAAUACUAUGCGCAUUUGGACAAACAUGUAAAGGAAGUACGUCGCCGCAAAGCAAAGAGCAUUGUAGCUCCCUCCUUGUCAGAUUACAGAGUUAAAAAAGACGACAAGAUCAUUUCUACCAACUGGAUUGAAUUUCUCCAGGCUUGGAUAAAGUACUUUGUAAGUGCGGCUGCCUAUGAUGAUUUAGAUCGUCCGCUAGAGCCCUUUUCUUUAAAGACGGUAAAGCAUGAUCUCGAUAGACUCUAUCCAAUGGUUGUGCCAUUCAUUACGCCAGUGAGAAAGCUAAGACCUAUUUACAGGUGGGAAAACAAAGCUUUGACAGGAGGUCUCGCUAGUUUGUAUCUUAUCCUGUGGUAUUACGAUUUGAUCAUGGCAUUUGUGUGCAUCUGGAUGGCGAUUGGCAUACUGGUGGUUCGUUUGGAUAUGUUUGCUCAGUACGGUGUGGAAGCAUUGGAGGAGCAGCCAGAGACAGAUGCUACUGUAAAGUCUUGGAAUCGCAACUUUUGGAUGAAGAUGAGAACAACGAUGGGCACUCGAUCUCCCUAUGGAUUCAAUCUGUUUGACGAUAUCGACAUUUCAGUGAACGAAUGGAAGACUGAUUUGUACACGAAAUGCGGACCUACGAUUCAGAUCAUACUAUCGGAUACCGUAGACUAUCUGGAGCGCAUUAAAAAUUUGCUCACAUGGAAGAGACCUCUCAAAACCAGAAUUUUACUGUUUGCUAUAUGCACAUCAUCUGUAUGCUUGACAUUCAUUCCGCUUCGAUAUGUCGGAAAGAUGAUAUUCAUCUAUCUUGGUUUCGAAUUUUUCGUAUUGCAGGCACUCCGUUCUCAUUAUCCUAGACAUCGCCGACUCUUUAAUAUAUUAAACUUGCUUUUAUGGGAUGUGCCGAAUGAUGCUGAAUACGCCAUGGAGGUGGUAAGACUCUCCCGUCCCAUCAAAAAGACCAGCAGCGACAGUAUAUCCAGCUCAUCCUCAACAUCCACCUUUACAUCCACUGAUCCGAGAAGACGAAAUUUAGAUUAUGACAGCAGCGGUUCGAGUCAUCGACAUCCUCCUAGUGCCAUGCCCAAGAAGUUAUCUGCCUCCAUGUCCGACCUCAUGACAAAUCAUCUCACCAUGAAGGCACUGGAUGUCAAACCCACGAACAAAUCACCCGGUAAAACUGCAUUCCACGAGCAAGCGGCUUCCACAGCGACCUCAUUGGCCAUGCUGGCUGCUGCUGCUGCUGUCAAUAAGAUAAAGAAGACAGUUGAUGGGAAACGGGACAAGAAUGCAAAGAGAGCAGAAGAUUCGAUCCCCCCUGAAGAGGAAGAUGAUCCCAAUGCUUUUGGUUGUAUGUACAAAGGUACGAUUCCCGGACGCAUCAAUCUUCGUGGCAAUGGAUUCGUAUUCCAGACAUCUCGCAUGACAGGUGGCAAGGUCUUGGUUGAAUGUGCAUUUGAUGAUAUUGUCGGCGUCAAGAAAACCAAGCAAUAUGAUAUGCUCGUUUGGCAUGCCAAUGGCAUUGAUAUUUCAACGACAGAUGGACAUGUCCUGACAUUUGAAAACGUCAUUCGAAGAGAUGAUUGCUUUAAUAGAUUAGUCGCUGCUUCUGAUGCAGGUGGUGAAUGGAAGAAAAUGUAG